CCACUCUCUCUCCCCACUCCCCAACACUCUCUCUCUCUCUCUCUAGCUUUCUCUCUCUUCAACACUCAACACACACUACCAACAAUGGCGGCACCACCACCAGCCCAGAAACCGAAACCAAAACCAAACCCACUACCCGCCGCCGUGUUCCUCUUCCUCCUCCACUACGCCGCCGCGUCAGACAACCACCCCGACACCCAACCACUCCUCACAUUCAAAUCCACCGCCGACCCAAACGGCGCCGUACUCACCACCUGGAACUCCUCCUCCGACCCAUGCAGCACAACCGCCGCCGCAUGGGUCGGAGUCUCCUGCCUCCGCAACCGGGUCGUCCGUUUAGUCCUCGAGAACUCAAAUCUCCAAGGCCCCUUCCCCACCUCCCUCACCUCGUUAACCCAACUCCGGGUCCUCAGCCUCAAGCAAAACGGGUUCUCGGGUCCGAUUCCGGAUCUCUCCGCCCUCACCAGCCUCAAACUCCUCUUCCUUUCCCACAACCGCUUCUCCGGCGGCCUCCCUAACUCCUUAUCCUCUCUGUCGAAACUCUACCGCCUCGAUCUGUCGUACAACAAUUUCUCGGGGAGCGUGCCGUUGCCCGUAAACCGGCUGACGCAUCUGCUGACGCUGCGGCUGGAAGAAAACGGGUUCGCCGGACCCAUUUCGGGUCUGAACUUGCCGAACCUGCAGGAUUUCAAUGUCUCCGGAAACGGGUUCACGGGCCAGAUACCGGGCUCCCUUUCGGGCUUCCCCGGUUCGUCUUUCUGGAGCAACCCGGGUUUAUGCGGGCCGCCGUUGGAGAAAUGCAAGACGGUUUCGACCAACCCGACCCAGCCCGGCGGUGGGGCAAUGGCCUCCCCGCUGAGCCCGACUGUUUCUUCCUCCCCCACCGCAAUUCCGGCGGAGACGAACCCUCCCGGAAAAUCCGGAAGCAGCCACCGGAGUAAAAUCAGCUCCAUUGCCAUAAUCGGGAUAAUCGUCGGAGACGUAUUGGUUCUGGGAUUGGUUUCGUUGCUUCUGUAUUGCUACUUCUGGAAAAACUACUCUAGUAAAUUAACGAAGCCCGGAAAAAGCAGCGGUUCAUCCCAAGUGGAGAAGAUAGUGUACUCGUCCAGCCCGUAUCCGAACCCGACCCAAUCCGGGUACGAGAGGGGCAAAAUGGUCUUUUUCGACGGGGAGAGGAGGUUCGAGCUGGAGGAUCUAUUGAGGGCCUCCGCGGAAAUGCUGGGGAAAGGCGGAUUCGGAACGGCGUACAAGGCGAUCCUCGACGACGGGAACGUUGUCGCGGUGAAGAGAUUGAAGGAUUUGAAUGUGAACGGGAAACGAGAGUUCGAGCAGCAAAUGGAGGUUUUGGGGAGGCUUAGGCAUCCGAAUUUAGUCGGAUUGAAAGCUUACUACUUCGCUAGGGACGAGAAAUUACUCGUCCACGAUUACAUGCCGAACGGCAACUUGUUUUGGCUGCUUCACGGCAACAGAGGCCCCGGUAGAACUCCGCUAGACUGGACCACGAGGCUCAAAACAGCAGCGGGUGCCGCCCGAGGGCUCGCCUUCAUCCACAAGUCAUCGCCGCCGCUCAAACUAGUCCACGGCAACAUCAAAUCGACAAACGUACUCAUCGACAAAUCCGGCACCGCCAAACUCUCCGACUACGGCCGGUCCAUGUUCGCCACGUCAGCAUCCUCGUCCGCCCCAAAAUCCAACGGCUACCGAGCCCCCGAAGCCGCCCUCGACGGCAAAAAGCUGACCCAGAAAUCCGACGUGUACUCGUUCGGCGUACUGUUACUCGAGCUCCUGACGGGAAAGUGCCCUUCGAUAGUUGACAGUGCUGGGCCCGGGCUGGGGUACAGUGGGGUGGUGGAUUUGCCGAGGUGGGUCCAGUCUGUUGUGAGGGAGGAGUGGACCGCUGAGGUGUUCGAUUUGGAGCUGAUGAGGUAUAAAGAUAUCGAAGAGGAGAUGGUGGGGUUACUGCAGAUUGGAAUGGCGUGCACUCAAUCUUCGCCCGAGCAGAGGCCGAAGAUGAACUAUGUUGUGAAGAUGAUUGAGGAGUUGAGGGGUGUGGAGGUUUCGCCCUCGCACGAGAAUCUUGAUUCGGUUUCCGAUUCGCCUUCCGUGCUUUCUGAGGACACGUGCAGAGCUAGCGAAUGAUGAUUGGAUGCGGUUGAUUUCUAGAUUUAGUAGAUUGUUGAUUUUCGUAUUAUAUUUGUCCAAGUUUUUUUGUGUGUAUUUUUUUCUUGAGUUUAAGUUUAGUUUUUUUAGUUGGUAGUUGGUAGUUGGGAGUUGGAUUCUUGAAAUCUUGGACAAUGAUGUGAGCUAUUGUUGAAUUUACAACUUCA